AAGACGGCCAUUCUGCUCAGGCCCUUAUGUAUUAAUCGUCGCGAGGCUACGUUCGCAUUAUCGCCGUGACACGUGACGAAAUAUAAUAACGAACUUUAUUAGAAGCGCGCCAUUCCCCGUGUCACGAAUUCACUUGUGUACUUUCCUCCCCCUACAUUCUUCCUGUGUUUCCUAGACCACUGGUAGCCAGUUGCGUCCUAGCUCGUACACAGUUCACAAGCAACCACUGUCCUCUGCUCCCGUUAAUUUCUGCCAAUUGACGGAAGUGCAAGAUGCCUUCAAUCGAUACGCGAUCGAUAAGAGUGCCUGGAGAAAUGGAUCGGUGUCCGUCGCACGGCCCAGACGACGCGUCGAGACACGCUGGAUGCCGGUCCACGCUGGAUGUGUUCGGCGCACCGGAAUCAUCCCCCGUCGCUCUUGCCCCGUGCCGCCGCGACGCGUCCAACACCGCCGAUGCCGUCCUGUUCGAGGAGGACACCACGCUGGAGAUCGAGCCUGACAGCGCGGCUCGCCUGCCCCGGGACACUUCCUUACCCCAAAGUGCCCGUUCAAUCGACCUGUGCUCGUCGCAGGGGGGACUUAGGCGUCGCGUUUCCACGCGAAGGAGCGACGCGACGAGAUACUCCCAAGCGACGGACGUGUGCGCGAUAAUGAGACAUUGUUUCAAUCAAAUAUUAGGAUUAAUCAUCACCGACUGGAUUACGAACUCUUCGUGGAGGAGAUGGCGGACCUGCUUGCCCUUCUUAAUUUGCUUGCUUUGCACGACGCAGUGUACAGCCCGCAGUUGCUCGGUUGGACUGAGCACACCGGGAUGGACCUGGCCGCAGGGCGAUAUCGUUAUCGAACAUGGUAAACCACUUAGGAUGUUCUGUCUAUUGAAUCAGACGAUCGUGAAUCGUGACUAUCCUAACAAAGAUGCGGGGGAUCUCCGAUUCUUUCGUAACGAUCAGGAACUGGAGUCGGAAUUCGUCACGGUAAUUAAUGAAACAACGAUAGAGCUGUUCAUCAAAACUCCACCGGCCUCCGAUGACAUGUAUAACUGCAAAUUGAAAAUAAACAACAGCGACUACAUAGCAGUUUGUCUCAAUAAAGUCGUGGUUGGAUACCCACCACAAAAGCCUAAACACUUCGACUGCGCCUCGUACAAUUGGGAAAGCUUCAACUGCACAUGGGAGCCAGAGCACAAUUACGUCCAUACGACAUACGACUUAAUGUUCCAAUUACCUGGCAGAUCGGGAGCAAUGUAUUAUUGUCCGAUCACGAAGACGAAGAAGAAUUCAUGCAUGUGGGAUAUAUACAGCGAUCCAAUAUACAGGCAGCCUUAUUCAUUUUAUAUUUUCACACUGAACGUGUCUAAUGCUUUUGGAAAUGUGAACUUUACAUAUCGUGUCCAACAUUAUCCUAACGUUAUCCCGGCCAAACCGUACAACCUCACCUUAAUAAACAAAACGUCAGAGAGCGCGCUUUUAUACUGGGAGCUCCCCUUUCCGAUGGCGACAUUUCCAGUUGGUGUGCAUCACAAAAUUAUGUAUCAGCAUCAGUGGGAUCAUGAAAAAGAUUGGAAGAUCAUCAAUAUUACACAUCCUAAAGCUAGGGAGCACUGGCUUUAUAAUCUUACCGGAUUGGAGUACGCUAAUACAGUAUAUGAUGUUCGCAUUUAUCUAAAAAGCUCGACCGCUAUAAGAACGGAUCGAUGGAGUGAUUUCAGUGUUGUUACAUUUAGGACGUCAGCAAAAUUGCCUGGCGCUGCACCGCGAACCGACAUCGGUAGCUUCGAAAUUACUGAAAAUCCUGGGAACAGGGACGUAUACUUGUACUGGCAGGCGAUACCGCAGAAUCAGGAGAACGGCGAUAAUUUCAAGUACCAAAUCGUUCGCGUGGAGGAAAAUGGCCGCACCGUUGCGCUCACGCCAAGUGAAACGACCAGGACGUACGCCAAGGUGAAGGGAAUCAGCCUCAACAGCUAUCUAUUCGAGAUCAUCUCGACGAACGAGGUCGGUGCUAACGGCGACCGUGCGAGAAUAUACGUACCGAAUCAGCAAGAAAUACCGCAUGAACUGAUAGCGUUCACCAAAAUCGCUUUCGAACAUGGAUUAUACGAAUUAUCCUGGAAGCCGCCGAUCGUGGAACAUAACAUUAUGAAUUACACGAUCUUCUGGUGCGACAACGAGCGCGAUCGUCCUUAUCAGUGUACCGGUUAUUUGGACUGGGUGCACGUUUCUAAAAAUACUACGAUCUACAACAUAACUGUACCGGAUCCGUCCAAGGUAUAUCAAUUUGCAAUCUCUGUCAAUACCGAGAGAGGUAGCAGCGGCAUGAUAUGGUCGUCGUGCACGGUAAUUCAUAAUAAAGUGCUCGGCAAGAUGAAGUCUGUGUGGAUUAAUCGCAUUGGAUCGCACUUUAUCGAAGUCGGUUGGAAGCUCGAUUGCUCAGAUCGCAUCGGGAUAAUCGAGGGAUUCAACAUCUACUACUGUCCCAUAAUGUCACCGUUGAAUGUCAACUGCAACGGCCCCAUGCUUAAUAGUACAAUCAGGGCGGACGCGCACACGAUACAUGGCGUUGUCGAAAAUCUGAAGCCCUACACCACGUAUAUGCUGAAUGUCGCGGUGCUGACGAAGAGCGGCGAGGGUCUGCGUAGCGAUCCUCUUUAUAAUACUACUCUCGAAGCGGCGCCCAGCACCCCUCCGUUAAACGUGAGAAUCACUGACGUGUCCAACACGACGAUGUUUGUCGCAUGGAAAAAGCCGAUGGCGAUGAACGGCGUGCUGAGAUAUUACGAGGUCGAUUACAACGGUCAAGUCCGGAAAGUGGAGGAGGAGGGAAGUCAUAUCAAACUGACGAACUUGAAGCCGUACACGAGAUACUCUAUUAGAGUCUCCGCUUGUACCGUCAAGUGUAGCGAAAAGUCAGCGAUAGUAGACGAGCUCACGAGAAUUGGUGUUCCCGGUAAAAUCAAUAUUCCUUUGGUGCGCUUCGUGAACUCCAGCCAAGUGAUCAUCCAGUGGGAGCCACCGCAAGAACCGGCCGGUCCAGUAGAGGCCAUGUAUUACGAAAUAGAGUACGGAAACGGCAUAAUUCAAAACGUCACUACAACAGACGUGCAAUUGCCCAUUCCCGAUUGCAAGAACGUCGAGCACCGUGAGCAGAAGCACAGGUUUCGGGUCAGGGCUAUCAACACCAAUCGUAACGGCGAGAUUUUGAAAGGAUUCUGGUCCGACUUUGGGGAGGGCAAUUGUUAUAACAACGGACUGUCGUACGUCGCCCUGGUUAUUAUAUGGAUGGUUGGCGUCUUUAGCAUCACAGCAUGCAUGGCCUGCUUCGUGUACAUGUUCAAGAGAAUGUGGAUAAAAUGCCGAGCUAUGCGAGAUGUCGAAGUGAAACUACCGCCCGGACUCGCUCCAGGCAGCCAUGCAGAUACGAGGCUACUUGAGAAGAACAAUGAGUUACACAUACGGCAGCCGUCCGCCGAUUCGAGCGGCUGCUCGAGCGGUCAAGAGUCCGUUACCUCUUCCCUCACAGCUGAAUCUCAAGUUUGCAGUGACAGCGGCACUGAGGUGGAUGCAGUGCAUGCACCGUCCGACAAAUUGAAGAGCCAGCCCGUUCGCGAGAUGACCCAUCUUCGACAGAGGAGCACCACACGGGCACCAGCUUCGCUAUUAUCAGAGGUCACCCCCUGCUGGGAGUCGUCGAGUUCGUACGUCAAAGUUGGCGACUCCUGCGAGGCAGCCUCCGAUGAGACUCUCUCGUUGGCGCGGUCCACGCCCAACUUGACGAACAGCGCGAUGUCGAAGAGUUAUUCGCCAUCGCAACACGCCUGGUCCAGCGCAAACUACAUCAGCAUGCCGUCCUCCUCUGAGGCGUUACUGAGCAACCCGAGCCUCAUUCCGCGAAAGAACACCGCCGGCGGUAACAGCGGCGACUGUAACAGUAGCAAGGACGGUGAUGACACCAACGACGUCAGCCACGGCGACAACAACAGCUGCGACAGCAAUAACGAGAGCGGCGACGACAGCGGCGAUGCUUUGAUAUCGAUCAGAUUUGAAGAUGAAUUCGAGAAGGAGAAACAGAAGCUGACCAUUGACGAACUGGACAAGAUGCGGUCGAUCAUCGAUAUAAACAAGAAGAUAGAUAUAUUGGCAUCGCACAUUAAUCCCGACAAAAUGACAAUGGCGACGCCGUACGUUCAAGCGGGUCUGAUAGACGAGAUACCCGAAUCGCCUUCUUGUAUACCCAAGCACAUACAAGCGAGGAACAGCAAUCUGAUGUGCGGCACCUUUAAAAUUAAGGAUAACCAGAAUUUAUGCAAGAAGGAGUACAUGUCAUUUCCACCGGCCUUCCCCACCAAUACCACCUCGACCUCGGUGAGUCCGAAGUAUAUCUUCGCGACGAUCAUUCCCGAGGGCAUGACGAUGCCGGCCAUGAAAGAUCAAGAAUCUUCGCCGCAGAAGACGCUCCACGACCCGCACAGCUCCACGACGAGCGACACCGCGUACCAUCUUGCGAGUUCCGCGCACGAGACGCAGUCGCAGGAGCAGCAAGACAAAGCGGAGCCGCUCGCGGACGUGACGGAGGACAUCGACGAGGACGAUAGCAAGGAUAACGCGGUGCAUCCCGCUGCGUCCUGGCCGACGAUGGAUGCAACGGCGGUAGAUGAGAAGGAGCUGAACUCUAGUUAUAUCACCCUCGCGAGUUUAUCACCACCCUCGGCGGGACCGUCUUACGUGCGACUUGAGAAGAUGUCGUCGUCGCUGCCGCCACAGACGGCGACGAGUCAGUCGGACGAGCAGUACGCAGAGGUGACGGUUGUGCCAAGUACAGUUCAGUGAGGUGAGGAGAGAGAUGCGUUCUCGUCUCGUUUUUCUCUUCUUUCCCGCGCCGGUGAUUAUUGCCACUUGCGUAGACGGACGAAGUAAGUGCUACACUGUAAGAUUGCGACGUAUACGGCAGUGGCGCAUGAAAAACUGGUGAUGCUAUACGUUUGAAUUACACUGUAAGAUUGCGGUACUCGCGCGAAUCGACUGAGCUGCGCAGCGAGCAUCUGCAACCUCGGAUUGAAGUCCGUUUAUUCAAAUACGAAGAGAUUUAAGAGACUUUUCUUCUGGAAGGAAUCGUUUCAUAUUUGCUUCGAAAAUAAGACUGGUCUAAGCAAAAAGGGUCAUCGGCUUGGGGAUUAAAUGAAUUGUUGGAAAUUCAUUUGUUGGUAAAAGAACUCCCUCACGGGGUCUUGCGUUCGAAGGCGCUUCCUUAAAUCGCUGAGAAAACAUUUUAUGCACAAAACAUUCGUACGGGAGGACGCGCAAGAAGCGCGUACAAUAGAAUGCGCCGAGUCUUUAAGGGAAUUUCUUAAGGAAGCGUUUUCCAGUUCCUCCGCCCCAGCUGGUGUUUUCUCGUUUGAUUAUGCUUGUAUAUCCGACGCGAUAUGCAUGUGCAUGCGGCACGAUACGUUCGAGCGACGGGACUGUCAGAUUGACGUUCUCGUUCACCAAAGUAUGUACCAGUACUGCGUUACUUUUUUUUUUAUAUUAUAUGCGUGAUGUUAUCGACGCGAUAUUACUCCAUAAGUUAAAGUAAGUUAAUAGACUAUGCAAAUAUAUGUACGGACAUAUAUAUAUAUGUAUAUAUAUAUGGCCAGAGAUUGACGGACAGCCUAUUGCUGUCGAAAAAUAAUUAAGUCCACUUCAGACGAUCUAUAAUUCAGAAUCAGGUGCAAUCUACGAAAACAUUUAGGGUCCUGCCUCUCGAGGAAUUUUAGGAAAUUCGCGCGUUCGCUUCACAAUUCAAUGAAGAAUCGCAAUCAUUACGAAGUUCCAGGAAAAUUAUCUCUCGUUCUUUUGCGGAAAAGCAAAUAUAUGCAUGAAAGGGCGGUGCAUGACAUUUUUAUUUGAAAAGAUAGCUGUUUCUCUUGGAAUUUUUAAGAGUAUCUCUCAAUAGCCGUAAUACGAUUUAACAAUCGUGAGCGCAAUUUAAAAAAUGCUGUUGAAAUGCGAAGUUAAAUUAUACAUAUAUAAUUUGCAAUUUUUCCUGAGUUUACAGAGUAUAGAUAGUAUUGGCACACAGAUAAAAUGUUUCAACUGUUAUACCUCGUUACACAAUUUUCCUUUCCUGUAUUCCUGGAUCCGUCAAAAUUCGAGAUAGUGUUACAGUUUUAUGUGUCGCGUAAUGCAAAAAGACCACAGUAUACGUGUUAAGAAAACGAUCGAGAUAAAAAGACGUACACAGAGAACGUACAGAGCGCGCCAGAUUUCUACUCUAAAAACAAUUAUAGAUCGUCUACAGCUGGUUUUUAGUGAGGCGUUUUUUUUUCACAGCACAAUUUUUUCGCUAAAUUCUCGUCCAAUCGUGAGAAACUCUUUUUGCCAUUUUUGCAAGGAUCAGCAAACUUUUUUAGGACUAUAUUUUCUAGAUUUCUUUUUAAGUGACACAGAGAUAUCCUUGUUUAAUCCAUAGUUAAUCGCUUGAUUCAGCUAAUGCAACGCAAUUAAUUGCGCAGGUACCUGCGACUUCACACAUUUUUCACUAUCACUCAAUUAGAAAUUAAUUCAAUUAGAGACUACGAUGACGCUACUCUGGUGCAAUACCAAGUAAUAGGGAAGAAAAGACGGAAAAAAAUAGAGUAUACCACAAAUUUACAAUCUUCUUUCAUUCACGCGGCACAGCGAUUAAUUAAGGAUUAACGUCGUUUCGGAAUGACGAUUCUCAAACGCUAUUGCGUUUACUGUCGUGUCGAAAGCAACAAGUGCAUACAGAUAUUCUUCCGAACGAUCUCUCGACGCUAUCGACGAAAAUUCCGAGCGGCAAUGCGCCCGCAAACAUUUCCGUUCACCGCAGCGCGACAGGAUUGCUCAAAGAAAGGUGAAAGUUGACGUGUCCGAAACUGCUGCAUACAGUUAAAACGAUGGCAGACAACGACAAGACGCAAGUUGCGUAUAUUUUCUAUUUUUCUAAUAGCGAAUGUACCGCGAACUCGUCGAAACUACCCUCUUUUCAGCCACAACAGCCGCACAAGUUGAGUUAUGCAAUACAAUUUGUUCAUAAUUUAUUCGAUACUUCAUUAUCGCACACAUCGAUCGCGAAUACAAUUGUACGCAGCAAGGUAACGGGCUCUUUUAUAAUAGCGCCGCGAUGCAACGUACGGCGUAACGCACACGAGGACAGGGUCAGGGAUAAUAAAGUAAGAUGAGAUAAAAAAAAAUCAUCAUAAUGAGUGCAGCAUGGGCGUCGUCGAGCAGCUUGCGAGGCAACAAACACCUGUGAAGUCUCGAGGCGGGAAGCCGGCUAAGAUUGUAUCACGCCUAUUUAUAUUGUCGUUUUUUGAAGGACGAGGUGUGAUCGGAGAAAAAGCGCUUCUUUCACCACUUUAACGCCACAUUUCACGAACGGGUGACGGAUCUGCUCGGCUAGGAAGAAGGAGGCGCCCGUGCGCUACAAUUAUCCCGGAUCGUGCGCUUUAAUUACCGUGCAGGUCAGAUGACAAUUAAAGUACCGUGCGCACAGAAUGUAGAGUUAGUUGUGAGUAAUGCGCAAAUGACAAUUGGCCUCGCAGAGCACUCUCACGCUAUCGCAACAGCAAGAAUAUGUGUAUGCAUAAUAUGCACAUACUUUAAACUAGUCAGACAACACCGCCUUCUUCCUGCAGGCCUUUCUUUUAUACUUUGUUGCGAGGUUCGUCGGACACGAGAUUAGCGAUCGUACAAAAUUUAACGAUAAACCAAAAAGAAAGCUGACGCGUCGAUAAACCGUUAGUUUUUUUUUCCUCGUGGAUCUCGAACUCCUAAACAAAAAAGAGCCGAUUGAACCUUUUAAUUGGUAGAUAGGCUACUCCUUUUGACUCAUCGGAUCUUUUAUGAUAUAACGUUUUAUUAAUAUUUCCGCCGUGCGCAAAAACGUUUGUUCUUAGAAAAGUAAAUUACGAAAAAAGAGCUUUAUUGAUGAAAUCGACGGCCUAUCGCGAUAUACAAAGUAUGAGUGUAAAGAAGUAAUUGCGUAGUUCGAAACGACAAAUUUUAAUAAGAGAUUGGGUACUAAACUUAAUUUUAAAGGAUUUACAAGGGAUGGCGUAAUGAGCACCUGAUGGCAUCGGUCCAUACGGAAACCAAGCUUUAUAUGAAAGCUCUGUCAUUAGGCUUCAAGAAUCAGUACAUUUCAUUUGGUCGAAGUGUGAUUAAGUUUUCCAUUGUAGUUUAAUUAAGGGAUGAUAAAUAAUUUAGGGAUCACUGAAGUUACGUCGAUAACAGUGAAGCUACUUAAGAGAAAUUGUAAUAUUUCGUAUCGUUGCGAAAAGAAAGGCCUGGAUCGUUUUAGAACGCGGUUAUUUUGCAAGUUCAAACGAGGAGAGGAGAAACGUUGUCGGCCGCGGCUGCGAGAUAUGAGAACGACAGAGGACGACGUUUUGUUUGUACUUGUGAAAUGAUACUUACCGGCUUGCGCGAUUGAAUGUUCGCGAAGCUCUCGGAUCGAAAACGAGCUUAUGUACCUACUCGUACAUUUAUUGUUGUUAUAAUACGUACCGGCGUAAUUUUAUCAGAUAUUAAAGAAGUGCUACUUAGUCUAUAAUUAAGUCUGCGUAAACAUAAGGGGCAUGUCAUCACGAUGCCGUGCAAAACGCAUGGCGCGUAGUUCUGUCUGUUUUAGCUGCACUUAUAGUUUCCGCGUUCCGAAAUGAAAUAACUAUAUAUUUAUACGUACAUUCACACACACACAUAUAUAAUGUCUCCUAUAAAAAAAGCUGCUGAGUUUUUAAAAGAAGAAAAACAAUUUGGUGCUGCUCUGCGCUUUUUCAUGGAGUAUCCUCUUGAGGGCCAUUUCGAGAUCAAUGUAAUUUCUCUUCGAACGGAAACUUUUAUACUUUAUCACAGACGCGGAUGCUACGUUUUAAAUCCAGUAAUUUUGACUCGCGACACCUUCGGAUCUGACAAAUACUUUAAGGGAUAUUCGUGGAAAAUUACUGCAAGUCCUUCGGACUACGUUGAUUAGAGUCAUCUCGUUCUUGGAGUUGCUCGAGAUCAACGAUGUGAACGUGGUAUGGUGAUCUCGUGUAUAUUAUAAUACACUGUCUGUGAACUUAAAACUGAUCAAGGAUGUGGUUGGCGCUACGCAUAAAAUUUAACUGAAAUAUUUCUGAAAGUGCACUCUUGACGGCACUUUUACGACACAGAAGUUAAUACCAGAAAAAUAAAAUAAAUUGAACCGCUCGCAUUUUGUAUAAACAAAUGUGAGGUCAACAAGUCAUUGCAGUACAAGCACUCUUUAAGUAUUAAAAUUUUCCCUCAAUUAACUUCUUGUAUUAACAAAUGUGGGGCCAAAAUAUCUUACGAGCUUUUAAUACUUAAAAAUUUUUCAUCUGUUAACGAACACCCGACUCCUGUGUGCUCGUAAGAUAUUUUGGCCCCACAUGUGUUAAUACAAGAAGUUAAUUGAGGGACUCUCGUACACUUAUUCUACAAUACACAUAUACACAUAACAGACAGAUAAGGUUUGGAGUCGUUAAAUACUGUGGAAGUGACGAACCACAGGGUCCUGAUCUACGUUUGUCACACACGCACACGCAGCACACGCAAAAAAAAUAGAAAGAAAUUUAAAGCCGUUAAAAAUACGGUAAAAAUAAGAGACUGUGGGAUCUUAAUCUGUGCUUAUACACACAACACACGCGGAAUAUCGCGUUCAACAUCGUUGACUGUAGACAACGUCAAGAGCGGAUUACUCUGAUCAACAUAGUUUUAAGGAUUUGCAAUAAUCUUUGGCGAGUAUCUUCUAAAGUAUUUGUCAGAUCAAAAAAUGUCUUGGAUCGGAAUUACUAGGCUUAAGUCGAAGGAUCCGACUCUGUCGGAAAGCAUGCGGGUUCCAAUUUAAAAAGAUUAAACUGGCCUUUGAGAAGUCAUCCCACAAAGGAAGCAGUCGUAUAAAAAACUUUCCUCUAAAAAAUUUUUGAACUCAGAAAAAUUCGUCUCAUAAAAUUGCAGCUCAGUUUCGUCAAUUGUAUUUUAUACGAAAGUAAGAAUCGCGUAUACAUUAAAAUUUGUAUAUUUACAUACGGUGGUUUUGUCGAAAGUAUUACCACAAAUUUGUUACCGUAAAUUAGCGGCGAAAUUAUAUCGGUUUCGAGGAGAGGAAUGGAGAGAAGUAAACUGUAGAAAGUGCAAUUAAAACGAGUCGACCUAUAAGUUUGUACUCGAGAUUCGUACGACGACCUGUCAUACACGAAAUAUCUACGUGUUACGUACGUAUACGAUACGUUUGUGUGUAUCUUGAGACACGUGCAUAAUUCGUGUACUUUAGCAGUAUAUCGUAUUGUUUAGAAUUGUCAGACAGUGGGGGAUGCCUAAGAAGAUUUUUUAACAAAAUGACAGUACGUUUUAUACAGUAAUAAGUCAAGGAAAUGCCUGAGCGAAUACGCACGUCGAUUAAAUCUUGCUCACGUCGAGAUAAUGAAAUAUUUUGUGCGACAAGAAGCUUUGUACAUUAGUUUAACACGGCCGAGCAUUACUAUCUACUUUGUUAGGUUUCACAUAUCUAUCAUUGUACAUAAACGCAUAUAAAUGUAUACACAAAUACGUAUAGACAUAUAAAUAGAUAUAUAUACACUCUUAUACAUAUACAAUAUAUCUAUUAUUAUCUAUUUUUGUUACAUGUUUAUAAGUGAGAGGAAACGUAUUCUGUCGCGGAAUACCAAAUGUAACAUAUAGAACGAGAUUUUAGCGGAUGGACAUGGAUUUAAGCGUCGCAUAAAGACUACCAUCGAUUUUAUAUGUAAUUUAGAACGUUUAUUGUGUCCGUGUCGUUAUAUUAAGUUGACAAAAUUGAGAUCAUAUAUAUAUGAGUUAUGUUUAGGUAUUUUUUUGUUUUCUUUUUUUUUAUAUAAUCGAAUGACCGUAUAAUUUAAGUUGAAUAGUGCGUAGCUCUUAGGACAUUUAACAUUUACUAUUUCACCGGGUGAGACAAAGAAAAAAAAGAGGAGAAGGAACGCUCUUAUGUAGAUUAGAUUAAUUAGUCUGUGCAACGAUCAUGACAAAAUUGUAAGACGAAAUUGUUGUGACGAGCGCGCUCGUUGAGGCAGUAAAUGUUGACCCCCCCCCGUUUGCUUUUCUCUUCUUUUUUUUUUAAAUUUGACGAUCCACGGAAUUUAUCCUUGUUUACGCGAGCCUGCAGACGAAUGGUGAUGAAGUUUUACGCUUGUAACGAAGUUACUUGUAGUGCAAUGACUUAACGAAAUUUGAUUAAUUUGUGUAUAUAUAUUACAACGAUCGUGAGUCUUUUUUAAAUAUAAUUCCGCCUACGUACACACACACACGCAUACAUUUGCAACGACACACUGUCAAUUACGAGACGCAGGGAAGUUACUGCUUACACAACGACGUGAUAUAUAUACACGACUUUUUAAUUUCUCUUUAUCUAGUAUUCUGUUUUAGAGUGACAUGGUUUGUUAUCGAGUUAGUUUAUUGAGUCGUUGGCGUGAUUUGCCAGCAUCAUUGUUAAAUGUUAUCUUCACGUGCAUUGUUGCAAGUGCAUUAAUUGCAAGUGCAAUCCGGUGUAUCCGUUGAGACGCAUACACCGACACACUACUUCACCGAUUAAUAGCACUGUUGAUUAUGUACGUCGAUUGAAUUUUUUUUAUUGUCCCGAAGGAAGAUUUUGUACAGAACAUUGUAAAGUAUACUUUUAACGCUUUUUCCUCCUCUCUCGCUCUCUUUCUCUCUCUUUCUCUCUCUCCCUCUCUCUCUCUUCUGGUUUUAUUAUUUAUGCGCGCGCAAAUCUCUCGCCUCUACCGCAUUUGUAUAAAUACGCCGUACUGUUAUUACUAUUGUAAUGCCAUUGCGUAAAUGCCAUGCCGUCGAGCCUUGCCAUUUCGUCAUCCGGAGAGAGAAGAGAGCCCCCCCAAAGCCGAUUUGCCUUUUACUUUUCUCAAUACUCAUACGUGGAUCGCGCCGUGGACGCGUGGAAGAAGAACCCUUUUUUUUUUCUGUAACUAACAACGACGUUGCCGAUGUACGCCGGAGAGAAAAGCCAUUAGUUUGUAAUCAUUAAGCUGAAAUACAUAUAACAUUUAUAUCGAGCUGCGUGAUGUAUGUAUUUCCUCCCGCAUUGCGUACCUUCUUGCGCGUGAAUUAAGAAGACGCCGCUGAUCUGCGACAUGUUUAGAUGCGGAUUAACUCCGAUUUCCACCAACGUCGUUUAACUUGGAGCUUAUUGUUCGUUUAAUUUACUUGUCUCCUUAGAAAGAGACAAAAGAUGAUUUAAGCUAAGAUCAAGGUUGAACGACGUUGGUGAAAACGGGUAUAAGAGCGACGAUGCGCGUCUCUCCGAGAAGGAAAGGGUUCGUGGAAAUCCCUGCGGUUAACACGUCGCAUCCUUUAUUUAUCAUACGGUUCUCACGUACAGAACGCUGGGAAUCUCUUUACAGAAAGCUGGGAAUCUUAACAGAACGUUGGAAUUCGACAUCGCAACGCAUUCCGCUUUCUUAUUCGGUCCGAUCUUGAUGUUCCCUCGCAAAGAAGCGCCGUUACGUGUCCACCGCGGAUGCGAUCGCGCGGAUGGCAAUGCAUUCACGUUCGAUAAGUGAUGCGGAUAUGCUAAGAUUAGCUCGCGUCUGCAUAUUUGAUCCAAUCCUCGAUUACACUUGCAAAUUCAUUCGUUCCGCUUAUUGAUCUAAUAACAGUACAAACUGCUCCGCAGGAUGUUAUCAAUCGCCUUGAUCUAAUUAGUCUAAUGAUGACCGAUUAUCUUCACGUGUUACGCGUCAUAUAUAUAUUAUGUAUACGCUUUUCUCGCUGAAGUGAAUAACGUUAAUUCACACUCCACAGUCAAUACAAGUUGUACGCCACCUAAAUUUUCUGAGACGAUGGAGACCAGACAAUGUUUCCCGUCCCGGGUCGAUUCUCCGUCAAAGCGGAGCACGUCGUUCAAUCACGCUCGAAUAUUCUACUACAUAUGCACUACACGUGUUUAUUUAACGAAGGCUCCGGUCUCGAUACAAUAGGAACUAUUGUCGUUAUUGAUUCUCCCCGGUCUAAAUUUACUCUCGUUCAUGCCGUUCGUUUCCGCCGCGUGACUCCUCUCGAUUUGUUUCCACGUCUCGUUGCGGAAACUCGGAAUGCACCUAUCGUUCAGAGAGAUCGCACACAAUCUUCACGCGAAACAUCCAUUCGCAAGAAUCUCCGUAAUGAGCUUGUUUUAACUGUUCUCCUAACAAUACCGAUUCCGAGACCAAGUCACGCCGAUCCGUCCCAAGGAUUCAGACUACAACGAAUCGAGACAGAUCCUUUCUUUCGCAAAGAAUAUAAAGUUCAAUGUACAUCUAUGCCCUCGAUAAAUACCAAUAUUGUCGACGAUUUAAUGCGGCGAAUCCACACAAAGCAGUUUAGCGGCACGCAUUCGCUAUUGAGAGGGUGAGGAUGGUUCCAAGGAAGAACAAUCUGCACGAUCAAUUCUCUAAAUGUGAUAGGCGUUUAUUUUUGUUUAUUUAUUAAUUUUUUUCUUAACGUAUGGAUACGCAAAUCGUUUCUCGUGCUGCGCACGGGGGUAA